AAAGGCAAUCCAAUUUUAAAGCUCAUUAAGGGUGUGCCAUGGCUGUUUGACAGCAUUGUCCCUGAUUAUCAGCUGGGGUCCACAACUUGUGCCCUCUAUUUAAGCUUGAAGUAUCACAACCUGAAUCCAAGCUACAUACAUGAGAGGUUGAAGUUGCUGGCCAGCAGUUAUGAUUUGAGGGUUCUCUUGGUUCUCGUCGAUGUGAAAGACCCUCACCAUGCUCUGAAGGAACUUGGUAAGAUUUGCAUCUUGGCCGACUGCACUCUCAUUCUCGCGUUCAGUUAUGAUGAGGCCGCUAGAUAUUUAGAGCUGUACAAGUCCUAUGAACAUAAGCCCGCCGAUCUUAUCAUGGAAAAAAAUGAUUCCAAUUAUAUGAAUAAGUUAUGGAAAUUUUUUUUGUUAUUCAAGAGAAUAAACAGGACAGACGUCGCCACUUUGUCAUCCACUUUCGGGUCAUUUAAAGAAAUAGCAAACGCGUCAGAGGAGAGUUUGUCCUUCUGCCCUGGCGUGGGACCCACUAAGGUUGUCCAACUUCAACGAUGGAUGGAUGAAUGA